GGGCUAGGUAUUUUAUAGGUACCUACCAAUGGGGCAGUUGCUGAGUUAACUGCUAAGUACCCCAGGGUAUAUCGGCGUGAACAUCCCACUUCCAUUGUUUAACUUAAUCCAAGAGGCAAACAUUCAUUCAUUCGCAUCAUCUUACAGUACUCAUAGCAGUCGCUCAAUAUAUGUACUCGAUCGCAUCCCAUCCCACAUCUUGAGCUUCUCAUCCCGCUCUUUGAAUCGCAGCUCAGCGCGGGCGAGAGAGGCUAAAUCGCCAUGGCCGACCUGCAGAAGCCUGCACCCGCUAAGCGCGCUCUACCUUUCAAGCGCACCGCAAGGCCAAAACCCCCAGGCGACGCCGUACCCGCUGCCGACGACGAUGGUCUAGCGCUGUUCAGUCAAUCGAAAAACUAUUUCCCUACUGUUGUCGAGGAUCAGCAAAGACGUGCGCGAGAGAAGGCCAAGAAAGCCGAGCAAGAGCGCAAUGAGAGACUGGCACGUGAACGAGAAGAAGAAGAGGCCAAGGCUCGCGAGGCAGAGUCACGGCGUGAGAAGAGGCGAAAGGAGGCUAAGGAAAGAGAGAAGGAGAGCGACUCGGCCAAGAAACGACGCCGGAAUUCUCUGCUUUCUCACGAAGGAGAUGAUGAUGUGUUUUCCGACCAACCUCAAACACCUCACAAGCCAUCUAGUCCGCUCAGUUCAAGUAGCAGGCGCGACGACUCUGUGCCGAGAAACUCGCGCGAACCAGAAACCGCGCGCAAACCGCGCGUAUCGACGCCGGAGGAGGCACCUGUCGUUCUUCUAGACAGCAGUGAUGACGAAGAUCCAACCAGACGCGGCUCAAACAUUAUUGGCACGAGCUCGGGAAGGCAUUCAAUUAAAGGAAAGGGGAAGGCCGUAGCUGAUGAGGGUGACUCAGAUAUUGAAAUGUGGGAGGAGAAGAAAGAGAACGAGGAGGAAGCUGAAGGAGGAGAAGGUGAAGAUCCAUCGGAAUUCUACAUCAAGGCAGCAAUGGAGCGCAUGCGCAAGGCAAAAGAGGCACGUCUUGCACGCGAAUCCUCAGCAGCUAGUAACGGGAAAAAUGAACUGCCUAAUCCCAGCGUCAAUGACGAUGCACCGGUGUCCGUUAUGAUCGCAGCACCUGCACUCUCGGACGCCAAGGUUUUGUGCUGCACAGUCCGCACAACACAAGCACUUCAAAUUGCAUUUGACACCUUCAAAGAGCGCCAGAAGAGCCAAACCAAAUACCCGCACAAGUUAAUAUCUGAGCUGGUGUUCACUUGGCGCGGCGACCGCGUUUACUACACAACGAAACUCGAGACAUUGGGGAUCCGCCCGCGCGGUGUCGACGGCCGAUUACACGACAACACCCACAGCGGGCGCAACGGGCCUGAGGGCUAUGUGGGGAAGGAUAAGGUUUACUUCGAGGCGUGGUCUCCAGAAGAUUAUGAAAAACACCAGCAGGAACAGGAACGGGACCGCAAGCGUCGGGAGAUGGGUGAGUGGUGGGAUGAAGACGAUACUGCCAAUGGUCAGGGCAACAACGAUGGCCAGGCGGCGGACGCGGAGGCGUCGCAGAAAGAGGAAGACCGGGUCAAGGUCAUCUUCAAAGCGCGGGACAUGCCGCCUCGCAAUGUAACACUACGCAAGUACAGCACUGUCGCACACAUGAUCAAGGCUUUCCGCAAGCUAGCCGGCAUAGGCGAGGACAAGCAUAUCGAAAUCCGCUGGGACGGUGAGACCCUGGAUUUGGAAACUACUGUCGAGGAGGCUGAUAUCGGGGAUAUGGACUCGGUUGAGGUGCAUAUCCGGUGAAGAAGUCAGCUCAAAGAGCAACAAGAUGUGACCUCGGCGGCUUGAUCGUUGGAUAUCUGUUCUGUUUUUUUGGGUUGUUUUCUUCUUCUUCUUCUUUUGGCGUCAGGAGCCCAGGCGUUUUACGAGGGAUGCAUAAAGCGAACUAACGGAUGGAUGAAUAUGGAUGGACAACGGAAUGAAGCACUUUGUGGGAAUACGGCCAUGACGGAGUCAAUGAAUAUGAAUCUCUGCUUUGCUUUAUGAUACCCUUAAUCUAAAUACAAACCAUACCAAAUGAGACUAUGCCUCUAUAACCUGUUA